AUGAAAAGCCACACCCAAAAGGCUGAUGAUGAUGCACAAAAACGUCCCCAGCUCGAGCGAAGGAGCACCAUUUCUGAGGGUGUCAAUCCUGACCCUCAGGCGCAGACGCAUCAGCAGCAACAGCCUCACCGCCAAAGCUUCGUACAGCCGUCCAGCACACAGCAUCAAGGCACGCCGGGUAUCUCGGUGAUGCAACUGCUGUCUCCGAUCAACGACUUUGCUACUCGUCGAGACGCAAAUGGCACCUCUCAUGCGAGACAAACAUCCAUUGGUAUGCCAAGCUCGUAUAUCGACCCGAGACCAAAUCAGCAUCGACAGGACCAUAUCACCAUACCAACGGACUGGUCGUCCUCAUCGCCUGUGACCCAGACUGCUCAGCCAGUCAGUCAGGCAAAUCCAAGCCGCGAGUCAACCACGCAGCACAGUGCCGACGUCUCGACCUACGAGACAAGUAUGUCUGGCUCGCAUCAACCGGCCCAGACGCCACAGUCUGAUCUGGGACAAGCAGGUUUCGGUGCGAAUGCGAUGGACUGGCUGCCACCAGGUAACAUGCCUGGGACGGACUUUCACGAUCCCUUUCAGAUGUGGCUCUUCCCUUCAUUGGGAGAUCUUGAUGCUUCUCCAGACUUUCUACAGACAUAUGGAGUUACAACACCGGCUUUUGCCAUGCCGGAUCCGAAGUUGAUGCAAGAAAGCCAGAAAACGUCGCAGGAGCGGACAAAGAAUAUCAGCAAAGUUCCGCGAGAGCGAUUUUCGCGCAUACAGAAGUGCUGGUCCUCUCGACCACAUCGCCUGCAUCGCUUGAUGCCUAGUCUCUGGAAGGACAUCAUCUCGUACCAUGUUGAUAACCUCUUCUCAGAGGAACAUGCUGUACCAAUUCAGCCUAAGGCAGGCACAAACUGGGGUCUUGAUGCCGAUUGUCGGUUCCGAUUGCGCGAUACAUUCCACACUCCCGCACCGUCAGCAAUUCAUUCACCAAAGAUUCAAUCGUCUACGCUCGAUAACCAUACAUUCAAACUGGAGGACUCGAGUACAUUUCCUCCUGCCGAGAUUCUCGAUAUCGCUAUGGGAUUAUUCUUUCGUCGUUUUCAUCCAACAGUCCCAUUCAUCCAUGUACCAACAUUCUCAGUCAACAAUACACCGCCGCCGAUGCUUUUUGUGGUUUGUCUGAUCGGACUGUCCAUUCUCGGGACCACUGGCGCUACAAGAUUUGUGUCGAGGAUGUUUCCGACUUUCAUACAACGAGUCGCCAACAAUCUCGCCGCGUGCACUUCGGGCGCAGCAACACCUGUCCAACAGAUGAGUCAUCUUGCGACGGCGCUACUCACGCUCCAUCUGGCUGCCAUGACAGGGGAUAAGGACACGAUUAUUCAAUGUCAAAUGCUGUACGUCACGACAAUGGCGGUUGCUCAGCAAAAUGGCCUCUUCUCAGCCUGCGACGGUCAAGAUCUCAGCGCGCUGAUACUGGAUCUCAAUGAGUCAGAGCAUCAAUGGAAGGCAUGGUCCCGUGUCGAAUCUGCGAAGCGACUCAUCUUAUGUACCAUGACUUUGGAUUCUUGGUACAGCGUCCUUCUCUCCCGAUCGCCAAUUGUCCGAUCUGAUGGCCGCACAUCCAUCUCACCAACCUUCCAGAUCAGCGACUUGCACACAGCAUCAUUAGACCCAUCAGUAUCGCUUGGCUUCCUAGGGUCCUCCACGCUCCUAGCUCUGCUUCAAAUCCAAAUCUACGAAUCGUACCACCGCCUCAUGCCCGUUGACCAGCAGCAAAUCGGAUCGCUCAUCCCUUGGCAACUGUACGCCGCCGACAUGAAAGCUCGAUCUCUCGUGCCGGCCCUUCUAGCUUCGACUUCAAUCUGCGGUCCACAAAUGCGCAUCCACGACACCAACACGCUCGUGCUCUGGCACAGCCUAAACAUUCUCCUCCUCGCCGACCUUCGUAUGUUUGAACUCGCGGCAGGCCGGCACGGUGCCACACCGGCCACUGGUGCACUCGAGUCCAUCUCUUCAUGGUCGCAAACCACAUCCGCCCGCCGUGCCGUCGUUCACGCUGCGCAGAACUUCAAGCUUAUGCACGACCGACGUGUCAGCGACAAUGUGACUGUUCAUUCUGUGAUGGCCCUCUUCUCCUCCGCACUCAUCCUCGGCUUAUACCUUUUCAUGGUCCCUCCGACGACCAACCACAACAAUCGCUCGACAGUCGAGCUCAUCGACUGGGAUAUCGACUGGGCGGAACUCUCCGAUACGGGCUACACUACGGACCACACCUCGUCUGGCUCUCCAACUGGCGAAGCUUCCUCCUACAAUCAGCACAAUCCGUCAGGCAGCAUCUCGAGCGCCUACGGCGGCACGUCGAACCCGCACAAUCCCGACAGCGAUAGUCUCUCGCCGCCCGCACACUUUGUAAAAUACGGCGGGACGGUCUCGCUCAGCGGCGUAGCGCAUCAGGGCGGGUACGAGAGUGCCAGGCGGGUGCUGUUGGAGUUUGCUAACCUGAUGGAUGGGAUCUCUGGAAGGAAGCUGAGGGUGUAUACGCAGGUGCUGCAUAUCAUGAGCGAUGACCUGAUGGUGAUAGACGCGAAGGAGUAG